CCGCGCAUGCGCCGUAGGAAAGCCCAGUUUCUUCCAUCAACACGAAGGAACUGCGUUGGUGUUAUUUGUUGUUUUGAACGCGUGACGACAAAAUGGCCUAAUUUGUCGGUUGUUUUUCUUUGUGUGGAUAUACUCCGCGGCAGGGGGGGUGUUUGUGUUGGAUACCACCGGCACGUUUGUUCCAUUUUUAACGACGAGCCAAGAGGACUUCCGCUGCAAGGACCAUCUCGACGCCGGCGAAUGUCAGUUGUGUUGUGGAUGUGAGGCGACGAGUGAAUUUGGCUUGUUUGUCAGUUGGCCUGUGCGAAGGUUGUAAGAAGACCGUCUGUCCCCCACCAGCGAGUCCUUAUGCUUGAGAGACGCCGCAACCUGUGUCUUACAGAAUGGAUGAUGUGGACUUAAAGACAUUUGUGUACCAACAUCAGCACUUUGUGUUCUGCUGCGGUGCUCAAACAUUAGACAGAAGAACACCUCCCAUCCACCACCUGCAAUCUCUGCACCAUGUGUGCAAAGGCUGACUUCAAGCAACAAGGAAAGGACAUUUGAGACCUUCUUUUUUUUUUUUUUUUUACUUUUAGGUCCCGGGUACUGCACAUACGAGCCUACAGCCCAAAUGGAAGUCUCCUUAUUCUAGUUUUUCACAUCUAGUCCCCCUGUACUCUUGUGUGGGAUGUCGGAAAAGCCUGAUGACAAAAUGGUGAAGUUCCUGGCUCCCCCUGCGAAGAGUGGAAACGGUCCCAGUUCCGGGUCCGACUCUAUGGUUAACGAAUCCCGCCCGACAGAAGUGAGACGGCGGCAUCACACCAUGGAGCGCGACCGCUGUAACCCCGAGCACCGCUUCUUCCGCCGCAGCGUCAUCAGUGACUCCAAUGCCACCGCGUUGGCCCUCCCUCUCCCCAGCAGGAUCCCCAUACCCGCCGCCGCCCAGCGCAUUCAACCCCGCGAAGCUGCGCCGCAGCGGCAACAGGUCGCCCCCGUACGCUCACCGCAGGUGGAACCGAAUCUGGUCCGUAAGGACGAGUCCGCUCAGUCGCUAGAAGGGGUAGAGCGGAAAGACCCCGAAAUCGCCAAGGCCAGCGUAGUGCCUCUCGAGCAGGUGUCCGCCGUCAUACAGGAAGUCUGCGAUGCCGAGGUGGCGGUGCUGGGAACCCAUUCGCCGCCGGACCUGAGUCACAUCGAGUCGGCCGAGGCAAAGGUGCCGCAAGAGGGGGAGGAAGAGGACAAGGACGCCGCCAAAGCUCGCGCCGAGGCGGAACAGAGGGAAGCGGAGAAAAAAGUGCAGGAGGACAUCGAGGAAGCCGAGACGAAAGCAGUGGGGACCUCGCCGGACGGACGCUUCCUGAAGUUUGACAUUGAAAUCGGGCGUGGAUCUUUUAAGACGGUCUACAAGGGUCUGGACACGGAGACCACAGUGGAGGUGGCUUGGUGUGAGUUACAGGACCGCAAGCUGUCAAAGACGGAGCGGCAGCGCUUUAAGGAGGAAGCGGGGAUGUUAAAGGGACUGCAACAUCCCAACAUUGUCCGCUUUUACGACUCCUGGGAGGGACCUUCCAAGGGGAAGAAGUGCAUUGUUCUGGUCACUGAACUCAUGACUUCUGGCACACUCAAAACAUAUCUAAAGAGGUUCAAGGUGAUGAAAAUUAAAGUGCUGCGGAGCUGGUGUAGACAGAUCCUCAAGGGACUCCACUUUCUUCACACCCGUGCACCUCCAAUCAUCCACCGGGACCUGAAAUGCGACAACAUUUUCAUCACAGGCCCGACAGGAUCUGUAAAGAUUGGAGACCUGGGGCUGGCCACACUGAAGCGUGCUUCCUUUGCCAAGAGUGUCAUAGAUCCCACCCCGGGAGACGUCGUCGGGCCAGUCACCCUUCCCGUCCUCCUUCCUCAACCCCUUUUCAUGGGUUUGGAGGAGCAGAGAAGGGGCAGUACCCCUGAGUUCAUGGCGCCUGAGAUGUAUGAGGAGAAGUACGACGAGUCAGUGGAUGUGUAUGCCUUUGGAAUGUGCAUGCUGGAGAUGGCCACCUCCGAGUACCCUUACUCAGAGUGCCAGAAUGCUGCACAGAUCUACCGCAGAGUGACCAGCGGGGUGAAGCCGGGCAGCUUCGACAAAGUGGCCAUUCCUGAGGUGAAGGAGAUCAUCGAAGGAUGCAUUCGCCAGAACAAGGAUGAGAGGUACUCGAUCAAGGACCUCCUCAACCACGCCUUCUUUCAGGAAGACACAGGUGUGCGCGUGGAGUUGGCUGAAGAAGAUGACGGAGAGAUGGAAGCUAUUAAGUUGUGGCUGAGAAUCGAAGAUAUCAAAAAGCUAAAGGGAAAAUACAAAGACAACGAAGCCAUUGAGUUCUCCUUUGACCUUAACAAAGAUGUCCCGGAUGAUGUCGCUCAGGAAAUGGUGGAGUCCGGGUAUGUGUGCGAUGGUGACCACAAGACAAUUGCCAAGGCCAUCAAGGACAGAGUCUCUCUUAUCAGUCGCAAGAGAGCUCAGCGGCAGCAGGUCAGAGAAGACCAGGAGAAGAGAAGAAUUGAAGAAGAACAACAGGGUCCGUUACAAACAGCACAGCAGCCAAGCCACCAGUCCAGCAAGGAGGCGCCUCUGUCCCAGUCAGUGCCACAGCCCGCCGCCUAUGUCUCUCCCCCACAAGCCAACCAACACAAUGCACCGAUGUCAGCACAGCCUGCAUCUCAGCAAAGCCUCCCAACAGCUACCUACAACACUUCUCAAUCAGCCCAACCCACCGGCUUGACUCAAGGGGUCUCCUAUGUCCCUCAGUCAGCUGGGCAAGCCCCAGUUCAGAUUCAUAGUUUGGCUCCCAUUCAGCCAGAAUCCGAGGAUUCUGAGGCUGACCAACACCAGCAGCCACAGCACACUGGCGGAGCCUCUCACUUGGGAGACAGACCAUCUGGUCCGUCUGUCCUCACUGAAACUCAGCCUGGAAUGUCCUACAGUGCCCCUCCCAGUCAGCAGCUUCAGCCCCAAGUGUCAUGCCCUCAGACACAAAAUGACCAAAUGCCACUGCAGCAUGUGUCAGUGGCUCAACCUCAGAUGCCAGGUGUCCAGGCUGAACUCGUGCCCACUCUCCCCAGCAGCCAGUCUGUUCCAGUGGCACCACAGCAGUAUGGAGUAUACUACCAAGCAUCACUUCCCCCUAAGGUUCCCACCCAGCAGGGGAUGAUACCCCCAUCCUCUCAGUCGUCUCCUCCUCCAGCACAGCAACAGCAGCCAGAGAACCACAUUGGCCAUCAGAGCACGUCUCUCCCACAGGUCCAAGCUGGAACCCAUCCUUUGCAGACUUCUACGAGUCUUCCUCAGUCAACUGUUGAGCAGCCAGCAGCGUCCUCUUCUCUCGUUCCUCCAUCUGUAGAAAGCUGCCUGUCAGAUGCAGCGUCGGGUCUGAGCGACGGCAACGAGGGCAGCUCUACGUCGGGAGGCCGCCACGAGGGCCGUUCCCUGAAGCGGCACCAACGCCGGUCCGUCCGCAGCCGCUCUCGUCACGACAAGUGUGCCAAGGCCAAACUUAACGUUCUCAGUAUCUCUAACGCUGGAGACCGAGUAGCAGAAUGCCAGCUGGAAACGCACAACAGGAAAAUGGUGACGUUCAGAUUUGACUUGGAUGGCGACAAUCCAGAGGAGAUUGCACAGAUAAUGGUUGAGAGUGAGUUUAUCCUGGAGAGCGAGCGUGACUCCUUCGUCGAGCAGGUCCGUGAAGUCAUCGAAAUGGCGGAUGAGAAAGGAGAGGGCAUGAAGGAAGCCUUUCCCCAGAUGAGCGAGCUUCAACAACAGCCAGAGUUGUAUGUCCCCAUGCUGCCAGGGAUCUCUCCCAGCACAGCAGCCCAGGUGGUGCACUCAGCUGGGCGCAGGUUCAUUGUGAGUCCAGUGCCCGAGUCCCGUCUGAGGGAGCAGUUUUUUGGUGCGCCCUCUGCUAAUACGUCUGUUGGCGAUGAGCCUGCCUCAGGAGCCUCGAUGACAUUGGGCCUCUCUCUGUCCGCUCCACCCGGGAUUCUGCAGCAAGCUUUUAGCAAAAUGAGGUCAGAUCUCGCAGAGAGAGGCAGUGCCAAAAUUGAUCCUACAAGUGCUGAUCCGGACGCCGGCACGGUCUCGUCCAAUGAGGCUGGACCUGUUCCAAACACACAGAGUGCUCUGGCCCCUCCUGAAGCUGUGCCCUCCACCACUAGUUCUAAUUUCCCAGCUGUCACCUCUACUGCACCUCAGCCACCUCCCGCUAACGGGAGGGUUUCUCCUCCACCAGCUGUGACAUCUCAGUCCCAAACUCCAGCUCCUGUCAGCAGUGAUCCCACUCCACCGAGGCAUUCUUCCCAUGAAACCAUCCUGUCACAGAUCGCCUCCCCUGCUGCUCUCCCUGCCUCCUCUACCUCCACCCCCGUCCCCAUAGCACCCACACCACAGCUGAGCGGGACUCCGGGCUCGGUCCCUGCUUCCGAGCCCCAAACUUUUAGCGCUGCUGCAUCUUCUCAAUCCAUGACUUCAUCCACCCAUGCUUCUCAGCACACUACACCACAGGGUCAGGCUGUGCCCGGUCAGAACCAAGCCCAGUCAGGAGAGGCGGAAGGAGCAGAGGUUCAGACCAAAGCUGCAGGCAGAGAUGACAUCCAAGCCCUUGACAAGAAGCUCCGAUCCCUCUUUAAAGACCAGAGCGGAGCUUCCUCCUCUGCGUCAAUGGAUCCUGGCCAGAACACUGGGACCUCCUCGCCUCCCACUGGGACUUCCUCUCCUCCACCUGGACUUGCUCUGGUGCCUCCCUCCAACCUCCCGCUCACAUCCGGGGCGCAGGGUGCCACUCCACUGUCUACAACCACGCCAGGACAGGGGUUAACACCCGCAGGCCAUGCUCAAACCCCUCCAACCAAGCCGAGGGCACAGACUUUACCUACUGGUUUUGACCAAGCUGCUACUGUGCCCUCUGACAUUUUACCCCCAUUCCCUGGACCAAAUCAGUCUCAACAAUCUCUGGGCAAUUUAAAUGCUCCGUUGAGGAGUGCCCUGAGCCCGGAGACGGUUCAGACUGGCAACAAAGUCCAGCCUCCAGCUGCCGGUUUCACUCUUGGCCGUUUCCAAGUGUCUGUUGCUACCGACGGGGCAUCCAGCAGCGUUCCAGAUCCGGCCAACAUCGCCUCCUCUUCCUCCAUCACGCCCUCUUCUACCUCCUCCUCCUCCUCUUCUCGCUCCUCUUCCUCCUCCCCUUCAAGCCCCGAAAACACCAUCCACCGCUUGUCCACUCUGCCCGCCAAACUGUGCGAAACGGACAACAGGAACGCAGCCGGUCAGCCACCCACCAUAGCGAUAGGUCGCUUCCAGGUGUCCACCAGCACCAAUGCUGCGCCAAGACAAGCGCCCGCCUCCAAAGUGGGACGCUUUUCAGUCACAGUGACAUCAACCGAAGGCUCCAGCCCCACACACGGUUCCGGUGUGCCAAACGGGCCCUCGACCAGUGACCCUCACGACGCGCACACCCCCUACAGCAGCGACAAUGACGACGAGUCGAUGGAUGAAGCUUUGAAGAAACAAAUCGGCCAUCUCAAAGAAAUACACAUGCUGGAAAUCCAGGCUCUGCUGUCCCGUCAAAAAGAGGAAAUUGACGCGGCCUACACCCAGCAUGGGAAAAAAACUUCUCCUUCCACCCAUUCUCUCGCCGUGGCCAUGGCCGGAGGUCGACGUAGGCUUAAGAGCAAAAGCCACAAGUCUCCCCGCAGUAGUGGACAACCCAGCCCCGUCUGCUCUGGAUGUCCCCCCUCAGCUCACAGUCCUACCGGUUCCAAGCAUCCCCUGAAACAAUGCACACCACCCACGGCAAUAGUGGCCCCCCAGGCGGGAGUGGGGUCCCCUGUACAAACGCUCAGAGCCUCUCCAUCCUUGCCCAGUCUCAGCAGCGCUUGCUCCACAGUAGCGAGCGGGUCCUCGUCCACAAACGGCUCGGGGCCCUACCAGAACCACUCGGUGUCCCUGACUCAGGCCAGCGGACUCGCCUCCGCCGCCUCUCAGGCGCAGAAGUCCAAGGGCAUGUUUACCGACGACCUGCACCAGCAGCUGGACAACUUUGCCAAAGACGCCAAGAGGGGCCCUAAAACGGGGGCACAAUCCGCUCUGGGACAUGAUAUCAUCCCCCCCGUCAACAUGGGCCGCAAGUUCUCCGCCCCCGGCUACCUCUGCCCGCCACUCCCCACCACCUGCACCACCACCACCACCACCACCAGCAGCACCAGCACCACCGCCACCACGGCGCACCCCGCCAACAACCCCUCCUCCGGCCCCCGCAAGGGCUCCCUGGGCCCGGUGGGCCCGGUGGGCCAGGGGUUCGGCUACGCCGCCGCCUCCUACGUUUCCCCUCCGUGGGCGGGACCCACAGCCACCUGCCAGGUGGGCCUGCUCAACCCCGGCCCGCCGCUCACGCAGUACCAGCCGUCUAUGACCGCCGCCGUGCACCCAGGGUACCACCUGGGGACCGCACAGGCCGCCCAGAAGUCCGUCAACCCGGGGGGGUCGAACCUGAGGCCCACGUAGCCCAGACCCACAGGGGGGAGGGGCAGGAAGCACACACCUUUUAACUUUGAUUUCAUCUUUAUUAUUAUUAUUUCUACAUGUUGUCCCGUGCACCUUCAGGGCAGAUGUGAAGUCUGCCAGGGGGCCCGUCAAGAGGGAGCGUGCAAUACACGGAGCCGGUUUGUUUGCACGGGGAGGGGGUCCUCAUUCCAAGCCAGACCGGUGGAGGGGGGGUGGCCAGUAAGUCGCAUGGUGUCAGAGGAAGUGCGUCGAGGGCGGAAGAGAAGGAAGACUCGGUACGUUGACAGGAAUGCAAUAAUUGAGAGAGAAGCAACUGCCCCUUUUUUUGUACCUGUGGCCUUAUUCCCUGUACAUACAUAUUUAUGUCACUCUGGUGUUGAGCACCAUUGGAAGGGGGGGGUGUUCUUCUUAAAGGAGCCCACAUAACUCCAGGAAGGGGUUUUACAGGUGGAACUACGAAACGACUGAAAGUUCCCAUGCCAAGCUGUGACUUGAGAGGUGUUCCACAGGGCUCUUUCUGCAGGCCCUGCCCAAACACCCUUCAGAUGUAGGCCUCGUUUUUUUCCCCCCUCUGUUUGGACGCCCCCCCCACCUCCCCCCCCUUCCACCAUGUUCCGUCACAUUAGUGGGGUCCUCCUUUUUUUUGUACGCAUCUAUUUAAUAAAGAAAAGCAGUUCUUUAUGGACCUGUAUUCAGCCAUCAGAUUUUGAUGUUGUCUCACUGUAAUUACUAUUAAAGGUUGUUAAACAACACGUAGUUAAAGUGCAAUUGCAGGGUGGCGGUCUGUACUCUUCACUUGGUUGUGCGUAGUUUUGACGUGACGAGCACUCUUCUUCUUCUCGGAACACUCGAGUGCCUUGCAUCCUCACUGAUGACAAGUCCUCCCCUCCCGCCCUCCCCCGCCUCACAAUGUGAACAAGUCAGCACCUUCGUCCUUCUAUUCGGCCCCGCAGUCCUUUUUCCUUUCUGCGCUUUCCCCACACAGCCACGUCACGGAUGGCGCCUGGUUUGGAUGACGAGUUUAAAAAAAAAAACUUCUCUAGAGAAAAAAAUGGAGUUCCUGCAAUGCAGAAUAUGCAACGUUUUAUAGGGUUGAAGGAGUGGUUGGCAUGAUGAGGGUUACAAUGUUUUCUCACAAUUAUUUGUUUGCCAUCACUUUCCCCCCCCAAGUCUAUUUUCUGCAUGCCCAGACCUGGACGGCCACUGUACAGCACACUUUAAAGAGCCGCCACAUCUUAUUGACUUCCUGUGAUUUCAGUGUCUGCUUUUUUGUCUACGUUUUUCACAUUGUACAAAAUGUAAAAACAAAUAAAAAAUAUCAAUUGAAUUGCCCAACUUGUCUCGUUUAUUG